GGUCCGCUCCGCUCUGCUCCCUGGUGUGUUGAUUCUUCCCCCAGCUGCUGCCUAAUGGAGUCCAGGCGCUCGCGUCACAGGAAAUGCCUAUACUGCCCUCCUCACUCACUUCCGGUGGCAGGCACACACGAAGUGCCCUAGAAGUUCAGAGGAGGGACAGACCAUUUCUGGCAGUGCAGUCAUGGGUGACCACAGAAGUCUUUGUGGAGCAGCACUUGAGGAUCUUUGCAGAUGUAAUUAGUUACGGAUCUGGAGAUGAAGUCACCCUGGACUUAAGGUGGACGCCAAAUCCAAUGACUGGUGUCCUUAAAGAAGAGGAGAGAACACAGGAGAGAAACGGGGGAGGAGGCCAUGUGAGGACAGAGGCGAAGGCUGGAGUUCUGCUGCCACAAACCCAGGAACGCCAAGAGCCACCAGAAACCAGGACAGGCAAGGAAGGAUUCUGCUUGAGAAACUUCGGAGGGAACGUGGCCUUGCUGACACCCCAGUUUUGGACUCCCAGUCUCCGGAACUGUGAAGGAGUGAGUUUCUGUUGUUUGAAGCCAGCCAGCUUGUUGUAUUUUGUUGCAGCAGCCCUGGGACACAAGUGCAGCGUGGAACAGUGGGCAUGCUGGUGCUUCGGCCGUGCUCCCGGCUGCCUGUGCCCGUGCAUGCUGCCUGUGGGGUUCAGAAUUUACACGCACCCGAGUGGGGCACAGAUAUGCUGAAGGAGCAGACUGGGACAAGGGAGGCCAUGGAGGACAGGACAGAGACCAAGGACUUGAGCCUUGGGGCAAGCACAGCAUCCCAGAACACCGAGAGGGCUGGUCACACGUCGGUGGACACUGAGUCGGACAUCAGUGUCCAGAUGAGACACCUCAGUUGAAGCCAGGGCACAGAUGUGGAGCAGAGGGCCCAUGCUUGAUGCCAUCAGGAUAUGAAUUUCUCCCUGUACCCCAGUAAGGAAGCAGGUAUGUGACCACAGCUCCUUGAGAAGGGGGAACAGAUCUGGUAGGAAAUUUGAACUUGGAAAUGAGUGUAUAUUUACCUGAAAGAAAUGUUUCUAAUGUAGAAGAGUCUGAGUUAUUUUUUUUAAUAUUUAAUUUUAUUUAUUUUGUUGUUGUUGAGAAUAUACACAGCAAAACAUACACCAA